UAAAAAAUUCCAGUAAAUAUAUGUAUUUGAAGCAAUCACGUGGCAUUUAAAUUGCCAAUUGAAUUAACUUGUUAAGUGAUGAUUUAAAAUUGACAUAAAAGGAAGGAACAUAGAAGGAACAAGUCAUUUAACUAGUGAACAAUCUCACAUCAUAACUCCAAGAAAGAAAUGAUUAUAACUCUUUUACCUUUAUUUCUUGCGGCCAAAGUUGGACCAGAUGAAUUACUUGUUUGGAAACAUGGUGGUGAGGUAACAUAUGAAAUAAAUAAUCAUGCAACAAUAACAUAUCCAGAUGACUCAAAUGGACAUGAUAGAAUAUUUAAUUUAAAUGGUAAAAUGAGCUGCCAAAAAAUGCAUGAUACAACAAUGUUAUCAUGCUCACUUCAUGAUAUUAAAGUACAUACAACACUUGUUGAUGAUAUUAAAUCACAAAAAAUUAAAGCUGAUUAUGUACGUGAAGAUAUAUGGACUAAAAAAUUUCUUCAACAAGAUACAUUUAAUAUACAAUUUGAUAAAAAUGGUGUUAAUGAUGUGCUUAUUGGUAAUAAUGUUAAUCAAGCAAUUUGGGGUAUUAUUGGUGCAUUUACAAAUUUACUUGAUGUUGGAUUAAAUUUAAAUGAAAAAAUUGAAGGUGAUUAUAUUAAAAAAGCAAAUUUAACAAAUGGUUAUUGUAAAACAAAAUUUUUUAUAACACGUUCAAUUGAAAAUGAAAAUAAUGAUGAUGUAAAAUUAAAUAAUUUUAAUUUAUUUCUUAUUAAUAAACCAAAUGAAACACUUACAAGAAUUAUUGAAAUAGCAAGAAAAAUUGAAGAUGAUAAUUGUUCAUUUAAACGUUAUUCAGCAUUUUUACAUCGUGAAAUUAGAAAAUUAAAACCACAAGAUUUUCAUGUUGACAUUAUAUCAGCAGGUAAUUUUAUGACAAUAAGUGAUAAAAAUUUAACGUCAUUUUCAAAAACUCAUAUGAAAGUUACGAAUUUUAAAAAAAAUAUUAAAUACAUGAUUGAUGAAUCAAUGUCCAUGAGUUUAAAAAAUAUUAAAGCCAUUAAAUUAUGUGAAAAUAAUGAAAAAAUAUCAACUACUAAAAAUUAAUAAAAAUGAAAAAAUUUAUGUAGUCCUAAUUAUUAAUAAAUAAAUAAUAUUUUAAAAAUAAAAAAA